AUGUUUGAAAUACGAAUAAAUCACAGAUCAACCCCAUUCUCUCGUCUUGUACCAAUACUAGAUACAGUCAACAAGCCACAUAUGUUGGAAAUCUGUGAACUCAACGAGGCGUUUGAGGAGAAGGAUGGGGACUUGAGAUUUUCACACACGAAAAUCGUAGGCAGAGAUUGCGAUAAUUUCUUCUACGCCGUCACAGACCGUCGCUAUCGCUCCAAAUCGGAAAUUGAUCUAGCCGGCCUUGAACCUAUCCCAAUUCCACCCUCACACAUCUGGCCACCCUUUACAAAAGAAUUCACGCAAGCACCGGAUCCGAUGCCCCACAACUGUUAUAUCAAACAACCGUCAUUGAUCAAUUACGGCGAUUCGGGAGAACCAUCUGCAGUAAGACAACUUUUGGCAAACGAGGCUCAAGUAUGCGAGAUUUUGCGGAAUUCGCCCCACCCCAACGUCGCAAAGUAUUACGGAUGUAUUGUUCACGAUGGCCGGAUCACAGGUCUUUGUUUCGCUAGAUAUGGCAACAACUUACUGGAAACAGUGAAGUCCACUCGCCUCAUUAACGUGGACCGCUGGGUAAAUCAGAUUAGUCAGGGUAUCAGCCACCUGCAUAGCUUGGGACUUGUCCAUUGUGACAUUAACCCAAAAAAUGUAGUUUUAGAUGCCGAUACUCUUGUUAUCAUUGAUUUCGAUUCAUGUCGUAGGGAGGGCGAGAAAUUGGGUAUGAAAGCCGGAACGAGAGGUUGGACAGACGAAAGUUUCACAGUGGCAAACCGCCAGAACGAUCAUUAUGGCUUGGCCAAGAUUCGAAUUUUUCUCUCGGAUAGAAAUACAGAAUGA